AUGCUACAAGUUUCAUUGCAGCGAUUGACAAUCAGCAGCAGGAAAUACUACUUCAACAUUGUGAAGAAUGCCAAAGAGUUCGAGCGCUCUGACAAGUAUCCCGAAAUCCCUGGAGACCCUUCCUGGGAGUCUGUCACCGCUGAGGACAUUGGCCCCGUCGUCAUUGUCGCAGACUCAAAUGAUAUCAUUGCCUAG